UCAAACAAACACACGCGUGUCACGCGUUUCACAGCUCUCAAGCGUAAACGAAGACUGUCAAAAUUUUGGCCACAGAAGAACGGUCUUUUCGGAACGCCAAUCAAGCUGAAAAAGCUUCGAAACAUGUCUUCAGAGAAAAAACCACUCCCACCGAGAAAUGAAGACUUCUUCAUCGAAUGGAGCAGCUUGGACGAGCACCCUGUGUGUGACAAAAACGGGUACAUGUGCCAGGCGUGCAAAGAACAAGAGCAGUAUGAGGAACUUAAACAACUCGAAAAGCAGCUGAUGGAAGAAGAGGAUUUCGAGGAGAUUACUAAGGAAUUUUCUUCUAUGAACGUUCAUCAGAAAAAUUUGAAAUCUUCGCUCAUGAAGCAGCUGAUGGAAGAAGAGGAUUGCGAGGAGAUUACUAAGGAAUUUUCUUCUAUGAACGUUCAUGCUCAAAAGGAAGCGGAGGCACCAGAUAAUGCUUCUCAGGAAGGAAUAAGGAACAGGAACCUGAAAACUUUGGGCUACAGAGAUAGAUCUCCUACAGGUAGAACUAAACAGGCAAUCGUGAAACACAAGAAAAUACUAAAAAGCAAACGCUAUUCUGCAAAGGCGGGAGGUUUAUUUAAGAACUUAAAAAGGACAAGACAUGAUUCUGCCAUUACUCUCAAUGAGGAAAUUUUCACGAAAGCUUGGUACAAAGCGAAGAAUCUUAUCUGACGCUGUCGACAAAAUGGAUCUUCACUAGCCUCCAAUAGAGAUGAGAUUAUGAAUUGGAACUCAAAUAAAAUAUUA